GCCGUCCCGCCGACUGAUUCCAAGCAGCCCGCAAGAUGACCAUCAACACCCUGGCUAAAGAGGGCUGGAACCGGGAGCAAAUGGCGUGCUUUCGAAAGAUGGAGAAAGUGAUUGUGGCCAUGCAGGACCCUGACAUGGGCAUGAAGAUGAGAAACCAAAGGCUCCUUAUUACAGUCAUACCACACGCCAUGACAGGCCGGGAUGUAAUUGACUGGCUGAUGCAGAAAUACAAUAUCGGGGAGGAGGAGGCACUUCACAUUGGUAACAUGCUGGUGAAAUACGGAUAUAUUUACCCCCUAAAGGAGCCCAGAUCCCUUGUUUUAAGGCCUGAUGAGUCGCCUUACCGCUUCCAGACUCCUUACUUCUGGACUAGUACCCGCUGGCCUGCCUCAGAGCUGGACUAUGCAAUCUACUUGGCUAAAAAGAAUAUAAGAAAACAAGGAGAACUGAUGGAAUAUGAAAAGGAGCGGUACAGUGUGUUGCACAAGAGGAUCAACCACACCUGGGACUUUGUGGUGAUGCAAGCCAGAGAGCAACUCAGAGCAUCCAAACAGAGGAGGAAGGCGGACCGCAUUGUUCUUGAGUGUCAGGAGCAGGCCUACUGGCUCAUCAACAGAGCCCCGCCUGGGGCACAGAAUGUGUUGGACAUGGGUCUGGAGAGACCAAAUAACUUCAGCUCACGAGUGACUCUGAACAGCGACUACUACAAAAGUGAGAUUGAAACUUGUAAAAGGGCCCUUGGAAGAAAUCGUGUAAAGUCAUCCAUCUGCCUCGAAGGUUUUGUGAAAUACAGCGAGCAAUACCUGAACCACGACCCCAUUAUGCAAGGCUGUCUUCCCAGCAACCCGUGGAUCUCUGACGACACAGCGCACUGGACAAUGAACACCGAAACGGUGACUAUACCGACACGUCUACGAGUGGAGCGGUGGAGCUUCAGCUUCAUGAAGCUUCUUAAUGACUCCUUGGGGAGGCAAGAGUUCAUGACAUACCUGGAGAAAGAGUUCAGUGGGGAGAACUUGUGUUUCUGGCAGGCCUGUGAGGACGUCAGACAUGGAGAAAGUUCCAAGAUCAUCGAGAAGGUGGAAGAGAUCUACAAGACUUUCCUGGCUCCAGGAGCUGCCCGUUGGGUCAACAUCGACAGCAAGACGAUGGAUAAAACUCUAGAAGGGAUCAGACGCCCUCAUCGUUUUGUCAUGGACGACGCACAAAUGCACAUCUACUUUCUAAUGAAGAAGGACUCUUACCCAAGAUAUCUGAAGUCUGACCUAUACAAGAACAUGCUGGCCAAAGCUAUUGUACCCCAGGAGACAAAGAAAAGUGUGUUCCCCUUCAUGAGACGCCAGCGACACGCAAGCCCCUCCCCUGCUCAGGUUGUCACUCAUGGGGUGGAGGAGGACGGGCACGCCAAGGGAGGUGGCCAAGCAGGUACCAACUCUGGAGGCGGCUCCCAUGUCUGAUACUGGGAUCAAACAAAAUGGGACAGACUCAUUCAGUCAAAACUGGUCGCAAUAGCGAGAGUUCUGGUCAACUUUUAGUUAUAGGUUAAGCUACCUUUUUCACCACUGCAACAUUACCAGAGCUAGGACCUCAAUGUAAGAGCCUCCUCUAAGAGCACAGGUGUUAAUGCAUACUUCAGCAGCAUCACAUCAUAUUUUUAGAGCAUGAGCAGAGAGAAAUACGAUUUUAGAGCUACAGUUACAGCCUUUACUGCUGCAUAUUUAUCUUUCAUCUACAUCCCAUCUCAGUCCAUAAAGUCUAUCCUGUUGUUCUUGAUAUGGCCUCCAAAGUCUUCCUGUGUCCCUCAAUAGCUUUUUAUACUGAGCCAAGCCUACUAUGAUUCCUCUAAUUAUUAAAAGGUUGUUUAUAGAGCUAUAGAGUUGUAAAAUAUGUAUGUGGUCAAACUUUGCCUCAGUUUUUGUGAUAUUUGCUUGUUUCUUCAUUCCAUGUCAAAGCCCCACAGUUUGAUUGCUGUUACUUUAGCUUGAGCAUGUUUUCAUCCCAAUAAAAUGUCACAAUAACAUUCAA